AUGGCAGAGGCUGCUGCUCGUCGUCGUGAGAGGGAGUUGCUAGAGCAGCAGCAGCAGCAGCAGCAAUUGCUGCUGCAGCAGCAACAACAAUAUUAUAUAGAUACAGCUAUACAACCAAGAAGAGAUCAUUAUACACGUGAAUAUAUAGAGAGAGCAGCAAGAGCUGCCUAUACACCUAAAAUUGGUGGAGAAUUCAGGCAGAGACAGUCUCCUUAUAAUUAUUCACAGCAGCAGCAGCAGCAGCAGCAGCAGCAGCAGCAGCAUAUGCUGCAGCACCAGCAGCAACAGUACCAAUAUAUGGGGGGUAUAGAAGACACAGGAGACAGUAGACAUUGGCAACAAUAUAGAGACAGAGGAGGAGACAGGGGAGGAGACAGGGGAGGAGGCAGAGGAGACUGGGGAGGAGACAGGGGAGGAGACAGAGGAGGAGACUGGGGAGGAGACAGGGGAGGAGACAGGGGAGGAGACAGGGGAAGGAGAUGGGAGUAUAAUAGACAAUAUGAUUAUAAUUAUAGAGGAGGAAAUUAUAGACAAAAUAGAGAAAGAGAUGAUUAUAGAUAUUAUUAA